CUAACGGCUCACCGCCUCACCGCGCACUCUCUGUUGUGUCGCAUGUUUGGUGACGUCGUCCAGCAGUCGACUCUCUCUGAAGUCUCCGAGGCCUACUCAGUUUUUUUUUGUACCGCCCGCUCCUAAAGUCUCGAUGCCCAGAUCCCGGUCCCCGUCCAGACCGGGUCCGAGCCGAUGAAAGAACCUGAUCCGGAGAUCGAAGCAGCGACGGUCGGAAACGUUAGCCUGCUAACUGAAGCUAAAGCUAACUGCCAGCGAGGAAGUGAGGAAGGAAAAAAUGACAUCUCGGAGGUGGUUUCACCCCAACAUCACAGGUGUGGAGGCUGAAAACCUCCUGCUGACCCGAGGUGUGGAUGGGAGUUUUCUGGCCCGGCCCAGUAAGAGUAACCCUGGAGACUUCACCCUCUCAGUCCGGCGAAAUGGAGCCGUCACCCACAUUAAGAUCCAGAACACGGGCGAUUACUACGACCUGUACGGAGGGGAGAAGUUUGCCACCCUGGCGGAGCUGGUGCAGUAUUACAUGGAGCAUCACGGGCAACUGAAAGAGAAGAAUGGAGACGUCAUCGAGCUCAAGUACCCGCUCAACUGUGCAGACCCAACGUCAGAGAGGUGGUUCCACGGACACUUGUCGGGCAGGGAGGCGGAGAAGCUGCUGACGGAGAAAGGGAAGAACGGCAGCUUCCUGGUGAGAGAGAGUCAGAGUCACCCGGGGGACUUCGUCCUGUCGGUGCGCACGGGGGACGACAAGACGGACAGCAGUGACAGCAAACCCAAAGUCACUCACGUCAUGAUCCGCUGCCAGCAUGACCUGAAGUACGACGUGGGCGGAGGGGAGAAGUUUGACUCCCUCACUGACCUGGUGGAGCACUACAAGAAGAACCCGAUGGUGGAGACUCUGGGCACUGUGCUGCAGCUCAAACAGCCCCUCAACACUACUCGCAUCAACGCUGCAGAGAUCGAAAGUCGAGUUCGCGAGCUGAGCAAACUCGCCGAGGCCACGGAUAAAGUCAAACAAGGCUUCUGGGAGGAGUUUGAGACCUUACAGCAGCAGGAGUGCAAACUGCUCUACAGCCGUAAAGAGGGGCAGAGAGCGGAGAACAAGAACAAGAACAGAUACAAGAACAUUCUGCCUUUCGAUCACACUCGAGUGGUGCUGAACGACAGGGACCCAAACGAGCCCGGCUCUGACUACAUCAACGCCAAUAUCAUCAUGGUGGUGUCUGCUGUCAUGCCGGAGCUCGACCCGAAGUGCAACAGCACCAAGGUGAAGAAGAGCUACAUCGCCACUCAGGGCUGUCUGCAGAACACCAUCAGUGACUUCUGGAGGAUGGUGUUUCAGGAGAACUCCAGAGUCAUCGUCAUGACCACCAAGGAGGUGGAGCGAGGGAAGAGUAAAUGUGUGAAGUACUGGCCCGACAUGUCGGCUCUGAAGGAGUACGGAGCGAUGCGCGUUCGGAACGUCAAAGAGACGGCAGCACACGACUACAUCCUCAGAGAGCUCAAACUGUCCAAAGUGGGCCAGGGAAACACAGAACGCACCGUGUGGCAGUACCACUUCAGAGCCUGGCCGGACCACGGCGUCCCCACUGACCCCGGCGGUGUGCUGGACUUCCUGGAGGAGGUGAACCUGAAGCAGGAGAGCAUCCUGGACGCUGGACCUAUAGCGGUACACUGCAGUGCAGGGAUCGGGCGGACAGGAACGUUUAUAGUGAUCGACAUACUGAUAGAUGUGAUCAGAGAAAAAGGUGUGGACUGCGACAUCGACGUGCCAAAGACCAUCCAGAUGGUGCGAUCUCAGCGCUCUGGGAUGGUGCAGACGGAGGCGCAGUACAGGUUCAUCUACAUGGCUGUGCAGCAUUACAUAGAAACACUGCAGAGACGCAUAGAGGAGGAACAGAAGAGUAAGAUUAAGGGACGCGAGUACACCAACAUUAAGUACUCUUUGUCCGACCUGACCGGAGGAGAGCAGAGCCCUUUGCCUCCUUGCACUCCUAUUCCUACUCCCACCUGCACAGAGAUGAGGGAUGACAGCUCCAGAGUGUACGAGAACGUCGGACUGAUGCAGCAGCAGAAGAGCUACAGAUGAGAUUCACCUUUGACCCCAGCGCUCCAUCACUUCCAGGAUCUUGAUACCUGACAGUUUUUGCCAGCCACACCUUGACGCCUGAGACUUGACCGUAAUGACAUGGAUCAAUGGAAAAAAACACACAAAUAACCCCCUUACCCCCCCCCCCACAAAAAACUGAGAGAGAGAGACCAGACUCCAGGGUCCUUCUGCACCCACUCGUUCGCCCUCUAGAUGAAUUCUUUAAACCACUGUGAUCGUCAGAAGAGCCUUUUUGAGAAGCUAACACACUAAACCCGUUUCAAUCUUAAA